CGACGUACGACAAACUAACACAACACGAUCAAAACUAAAUAUUUGAGGUUAAGUGUGUUUAUCAAAAAUGAAAUAUUAAAAAUAAUGCAAAAAUGAUCGGUACAUACUACUUUGUUAUCGUUGGCCACAACGAUAAACCUUUAUUCGAAAUGGAAUUUACGAACAGUAAAGAUCCAAAGAAAGAAGACCACAGACAUUUAAAUCAGUUUAUCGCUCAUUCAGCUUUAGAUCUAAUAGACGAACAUAAAUGGAAAACACACGCCAUGAAUUUAAAAUCUGUUGACAAAUUCAAUCAAUGGUUUGUAUCUGCAUUUGUGACUGCAAGCCUAAUUAGGUUUGUAAUCGUGCACGAUAACAGAAAUGAUGAUGGAAUUAAAAAUUUCUUCUCCGAAAUUUACGAAUCUUACAUCAAACAUUCCAUGAAUCCAUUUUAUGAAGAAGAUACUCCCAUUAAAUCACUGGCAUUUGAAAAAAAGGUGCAAACGUACGGGAAGAAGUACCUUUCAAGUUAAUUUCAUAAUGAAAAUUAAAAGAUCUAUGGGAUAA